CGUAAAAGCGUACACAUGCUUGAUGGGGGAAAGCCGGCGCCCGGCGCUCAGGCGUCAGCGCGCCCACGUUUCUCGAUCUUGCCCCGAGGCCUCGCAUCUUGCGCACUCCCGCUCCAUUAAAAGCCCAACCGCGCCGUACCCAAAGCUCCCUCGAAACCCUAGCCGCCACCUUCCACCAAGGCACCAACCCACCCGCUGCACCCAUCACACCUACGCGCCGACGGCGUACGCCAUGCAGCGCGCCGCCGUAAGGUUCGCUUCCAUGGCCACCCGCCGCUUCGCUGCGUCGGCCACCCGCCCGGGGCUCCCAACUGGCGCGGUGCCUCUUCGGCCUGCCGCGGCGGCGGUGGUCAACGGCACCUCGCGGUCAUCCCUCCAGCCAACUGUUGCUGCCGCCGCGGCGGCUAUGUGUGCCCGGCGCGGGUACGCCGGCAGGUCUCGGGAGACGAAGACGGUCAGCGAGGAGGAGGACGACGACGACGACGGCGACUUCUUCGACGAUAUGUCGUGCGACGAGGACUCCGACGACGACUCCGACGGCGACGAUUUGGAGGACGCUGAUCUGUAUGCUUCCGGAAGUGACUAGGAGGAACCAGUGAAGAAGCGCGGGAGGUGCUGACUGCUGAGAGCUCGGCUCUGUCGAGAAAUUUUGUUGUUUCGUUUCUUUCUCGAGAUGGAGAACAAAAUAAGCCAUGCCAUUUUACCACCAGGCAUGCUCAACAUUAAAUUGUAUGCUACAGGAAAAUUGUUUGUGUUUGUAGUACCUAAAUUUCAGCUUGUUGAAUCGUCAAUUUA